AUUAAAUUGAUGCUAAGAGCUAUCCACAGGAAAGUCGUUUAAAUAAUUUGAAGAUAGUGCAAUCCAAAAGGGAAGUCAUUUUUAUUAAAUAUAGAAAUAAGUGUGCAUGCGUUAUGAGAAAUGGGCGUCCUGGGAUUCUUGAUUGGGUGUGGGUUAAAAUUUUGGGAUUAAAAAAAGAAAUAAUAAAAACAAAUCAUAUUUGGUUGUCAAGUGAAAACUCCAAUCCAAGAACCACAAACGUUUUUGUGUGCAAGUGGUCUAGAAAGAGAGAGAUACAACGAAGAGAGAAAAGGGGCAGAAGAAGAAGAAGAAAAAGCCCUAAGCAGCAAUUUUGAUUGAGCGUUGAUAAUUUCCUUUUCUGGAUUUUUUUCCGGCAUCACAUUGUCAAAGAUCUUUUCUAUCGGAUUUUCCGAAAGUUACAGGAACUGGUUUCUUCAACCAUGGCGAACUCCAAGGGACCAUCUAGUGUUCGAAACACAUUAUACAACGGAAAAAAUUCCCUACUGCCCCCUAAAAGCCCAUUUCCCAGCAUAUCCCCUUCCUACACAGAAUACAUACCCACUUCAGCUAUUGCUCCAAAAACCCUUCCAAAACCUGGAGACGUAAACUCACACCACCAUCACCAGCGUACUUCCUCAGAAAGCUUCUUGAUAGACGAGCAGCCUUCUUGGCUCGACGAGCUCUUAGACGAGCCCGAAACCCCAAUCCGAAAAGGAGCCCACCGCCGCUCGUCAAGCGACUCAUUUGCAUAUAAUAUGGAUAUGGCUAAUGUGGGAGGCAUGAAUUACAUGGUUCAAAAUGAUCCUAACAGGUACAAUAAUACUGCAGUGUCUUGGGGCUCUCAGGACUUUGAUAUUUACAGGGACGCAAGGCAGAAGGGGUUUUAUGUGGGUUCGAAUCAUUUUGGAAGAGGCAGGAAUAUGAUGUGGGACCCACCUGCUGGUGGGAUUUCACGUGGGCUUCCUUCUCCAAGGGGGAAUAAUACACUCGCCCACAAUUCGGGGUUGUCGAGCACUUCACAGGAUUCGGAUAAGAAUUUGUCUCUUCCAGUCGAGAAGAAGGAUGGGGUCGAGUUGGUGGGUCAUCAGGAUCUGAAGGGGUCCGCGGAGAAAAAGGAGGGAAAGUCCUCAGAGACGGACAAUAAACGUGCCAAACAGCAAUUUGCUCAGCGAUCGCGGGUCCGGAAGCUCCAAUACAUAGCUGAACUUGAAAGAAAUGUGCAAGCUUUACAGGCAAUGGAGCAUGAAGUACUAGAAAGAGAAGUGGCAAGGCUAAGGAACUUAUAUCAACAGCAACAGCAGCCACAUCAUCAUGCCCAGACAACAACUUCAGGCCAUCGACGUGCAAACAGCCGAGAUCUCGACCAGCAAUUUUCCAACCUCUCUCUGAAAAACAAAGAAGCCAGUCGUGACUCGGUCUCUGGUCAACAGCUUCACAUGUAGUGUAAUAAUAAUAAUAAUAACAACUGGGAGCUUUUACUGGCAAUGCCCCCUCUUGUUAUUCUUGUCUUAACGAGCCUCUAAACUAACGAUGAGUUGCCAGGGAGCAUAAAUAUGGGUUGUUUCUCAUUGUGUGGCUCGUGCAACCCUUUUUCCCUUUGUGUCUAUUUU